AUGUCUUUCCUUGAUCAAGUCAUUCAAUUGCCAUACGCCAAGGAUGCUCUUGCUCCUCACAUCUCUCAAGAAACAGUUGAAUUCCACUACGAAAAGCACCACAAGGGUUAUGCUGUCAAGUUGAACGAACUUGCUCAAACCGAAACCGAAUUACAAGGAAAGACCAUUGAACAAAUUUUGAUGAAUUACAAGGGAAAGGCAUUCAAUUUGUCUGCUCAAGUCUACAAUCACAACUUUUACUGGCAAUCCAUCGGACCAAAUGCUGGUGGUGUUCCAACUGGAAAGAUUGGUGAAGCCAUCAAUACUAGCUUUGGAAGCUUUGAUAAAUUCAAGGCUGAAUUCAACACUCAAGCUGUGAAUCAUUUUGGUUCUGGUUGGGUAUGGUUGGUCAGAGAGAAGGACUCCAAUGGCUUGAAGGUGGUGUCCACUCAUGAUGGUGGUUGUCCAUUGACUGAUGGUUUGGUACCUGUUUUGACUUGUGAUGUUUGGGAACAUGCUUUCUACAUUGAUUAUAGAAACAACAAGGCUAAUUAUAUGGAGCACUUUUGGGAUGUUGUAAAUUGGAAGUUUGCCGAGUCGAGACUCUUAUAA